AUGGCACACACGCGCCCGCCGCCGCUCCACUUGUCGCACGCGCCCGCCGUCUCGUCCCGCCUCGCGCCGCCUCCGUCCUCGUCGUCGCCGCUCGGCCCGACUCAGCACCCGUCGAGCGACUCGCAGCUCCCGUCCAGCCCGACCACGAGCUCGUUCUACCGCCCCUCGUCCCUCUCGCGCCCGCCGCCAGGCCGCGCCUACAAGUCCACCUCGUCCGCCCGCCGCUCCCUCGGCGGCGGCAUCGGCGCACACGGCCCCACCUCGUCCCCUUCCGGCCCGAGCGCCUCGCUCCGCGCAGCGCAGGAGAACGCACGCCGAGCACGCGCCCGGCCUCGCGCCCUCGAGGUCGGCGAGGGCGCUCCGGACGGCCCAGGAGGGUGGGGCGCCGACGGCGAGUGGGAGGAGUGGGACGCCGACGAGCUCGCGAGGCUCGACGCAGAGGUACGCAAGGAGCGCAGGAGGUGGGAGUGGGACAUGCGCGAGCGCGAGGAGCGUGCGAGGGACGAGGGCAGGCUCGUCGACCUCGACCUCGAGGACCCGUCGGCCGAGGACGACGAGAUGCGCGGCGAGGAACCACCCGACGACCUCCUGUUCGACGACGAGCUCCUCCCGUCGCCCGCGCUGUACCCGCCCCAGUCACGCCGCCUUCCCUCCCUCACCUCUGCCCCAGCCUCGUCCGCCUCCUCCGCCGCCGACUACCUCUCCGAUCCCGACCUCGACCUCGACCCCGACCCCGACCCCGACCCAGACCUCGACAUGGACCUCGGCGGCGCCCUCCCGCCGACAGACGACCUCCCCGCCAUCUCCGCCGCGCUCCUCGCCGCGCCGUGCCCCGCCUGCGCCGCCACGCCCACCUCGCCGACCCCGACUGCGCCGCUCACCCUCGACGAGACGCACGGCCUCGCGUGCAAGGCGUGCGGGUGGAGCAUCCCGGUCGAGGUGCUCGAGCCGCUCGCGGGCGCGUUCAUGUCGCACGGAUCGGCAGCGGCAGGCCACGCGCCCAUCUUGAGCUGGACGCGCUUCACGGGCACCAUCGUCUUCUGCGCCGAGCGUGGGUGCGACGAGCAGUUUGCGGCCUGA